AUGUUUUUUUUUUAUAAAUUUACAAAUUAAUUUUCUGCGUGAAUGAAAUUUUUUUGUAUAUUUGAAACAUAAGAAGUUUGACAGAGCAAUCGUUGUGCAAAAACCUUUACAAUUUCUGUGUUCUUAGGAAAAUUAUUUUUAUUAGAUGAAUAAUUUAAUGAGUACCGAUUUGGUGGUCAACGUGUUAAUUUAUAUUUACAAUAAAGUAACACUUGAUUGUGAGUCAUUAUUCUUCCGAAUUAUUGUGAAAUUGCGAUUAUUUAAUUAUUAUAAUCAUUGACUUUAAUGAGUUAUUGUAUGUAACAAUAUAUUUGUAUUACUGAGGUAAAUAGAAUUGUAAGUAGAUGCAACAAUUGAUAAAAAUAUUAUUAUUCACUUUGAAAUGAACAAAAUAUACGUUUUCCAAAAGAUUCAACAUUUUUAAAUAGUUCAGUUUUGUAGACAGUAUACUAUUGAUCCUAUUUGACAUCCAAACAUUUCCGUUUCAAUGUUAUAUUGAUAUUGAAAUUUUAAUGUAAUUCAAUAAAUUAAUCUAUAUCAGGAUGGUGUUCUUCAUUAAUUUGUAAACAGCGUCUUAUGAUCAAUGAUAUGUUUAUUAAAUUGCACCAACAUUAUUAUACAAAUAGUUAUUACAAAGAGUUAUCUAUUUAUUCCUUAAUUACCAACAUAGAAGAUUAAGACCGGUUGCUAUGGCAACAAUUUCCAAAACAUUCGAGUUUGUAGUAUGACAUUUGUGCUGAAUCGGAGUACACUUGAAACAUGCAACCGUUGAAAAUAAUAGUUGUAGGACCUGCUAGGAGCGGUAAAACAACAAUAUCGAAUUUUCUUGCGGAUGCCACUGAAAUACCAUAUGAAUAUUAUCCUACGCAAGGUGUUCGAAUAUUAGAAUUUGAAGUACAAAAUAUAAACGUGAAUAACAAAAGUAUUACAAAAGAUAUCGAGUUAUGGGAUUGUAGUGGAAAUCAGAAAUUUGAAAAUUGUUGGCCAGCUAUAAGAAAAAAUGUACAUGGUGUUAUAUUCGUGUAUAGUGAGCAAUCUAAUGAAUGUUUGAAACAAAUGCAAGAAUUAUAUGACUACUUCGUAAAUCAAACAAAAUUAGGUUCAGAUAAAUGUGUCAUAUUUUGUUAUGAUCCCGAGAAAAAAAAUCCCGAAAUAUCAAAAAUUAUUUCUUCAACAUUUGUAAAAGUGUCUCAUGUUAAAUGUAAUGUAGAUAGUGGUGGAAAUAAACUCAAAGCUGAUUUUGCUUCGUUUAUAAGUACAAUAGUUACUAAAAUGUACAAUUACGCAGAUGAAGAAAUGAAAAGUAUGUUAAAUGAAAAUAUAUUAUUUACAAAGUAAUAACUUGCAAUGUAAUACAUGGUAUAGAAAAUAAUUUUAUAUUUCUUUUUGUAUUAUUUUCAUUGUAUGUGUUCAAAAUAGGUAUUGUAAUCAUAACUCUUCUUACUCGUAACAAAUUUUUGUAUAUAUUAUACACAAUAUAUAAAAUUACGUUUACUGAAUGCCAUUAUUUAAUUAGA